AUGCCACGAUCGCCAGUACUCGAGCAGGGCCAGCCAGAUUUUAGCGAGCGCGAUAUCACUGGUGAUGGCAUGAGGACCGAGUCAAGUAGCACUCGGGCAGUCAAAUCCGUCGCCAGUAUUUCCAAUGUCAGCAUGGACACACCGUCAAUCCGACCUAAGGGCACCAGACGCAUAUCCCUGAAACAGAAGCAGGAUCGCGCUUUGUUCACGCGAAAGAAAUCCAUUGACAAUGAUCAAACACCUCCCACGCCCAGAACCGAUGAUGAGGACAAUGAUGGCUUGCUGCCCUCUAACAGAAGUGCACGAAGCUGGUUGCGCUUAGCCAAACGCGACAGUACAAAUCCGCCCCAGAUCAUGGAAGACCCAGAUAAUCUGCCGGCCGACGCCAACACCGACCUGGACAUCUUGGUCUCGAGUUUCAAGUCGUCCGAUGUUGCGCAGUCUAUCCACAACGAGAUCAUGACCUCACUACACAGUGCUUCCUCUGCUAACGGCCAAGCAACGGACGAGAACUUCCAGCCUGUGACUGGAUCGAUCAAGGGCUUCAUGCGCAUUUCGUGGCCGCGCCAGUUCUUGAUUUUGUCACGGCGGACAUGGCGCAAUCUGUACCGGAAUCCCAUGCUCAUGUUGACGCACUAUGCAGUGGCCAUUCUGCUGGCAGUCCUAUCAGGAUGGCUAUUUUACGGUCUCUCAGACGACAUUGGAGGCUUUCAGAAUCGGUUAGGACUCUUCUUCUUCCUGCUGGCACUCUUCGGCUUCAGCACCCUCACGUCGCUCAACACAUUCAGCUCUGAGCGUGCCAUCUUCGUCCGCGAGCGGGCAAACGGCUACUACUCUCCUAUCACUUACUUCGCUGCGAAAGUCAUCUUUGACAUGGUUCCGCUGCGUCUGAUUCCUCCGAUCAUCAUGGGCAUGAUCGUCUAUCCCAUGUCUGGCCUGUUGCCGAAAUGGGGCACCUUCUUCACGUUUAUAUUGAUUCUGGUCCUCUUCAACCUCGCUGCGGCGGCGAUCUGCCUCUUCAUCGGCAUCGUGUUCCGCGACACAGCUGUCGCGAACCUGAUCGGCAGCUUGGUGAUGCUGUUUAGUCUGCUGUUUGCUGGACUGUUGCUGAAUCUCAACCACGAUACGGUUCAAGCUGCUGCGCAGUGGUUGCAGAUGCUGUCAAUUUUCCACUACGGCUACGAGGGCCUCAUUGUCAACGAAGUUGCCAAGCUGCGCCUCAAAGACCACCGCUAUGGCCUCGACAUCGAAGUCCCAGGAGCCUCAAUCCUGUCGGCCUUCGGCUUCGACAACCUGGCGAUGUGGAGUGACGUGAUUGGACUUGGUGUGUUUGGUGGUGCGUUCAUCAUCAUUGCGUACAUAGCGAUGCAUUUCUUGUUGGUCGAGAAGCGGUAA